AUGGAUUUGUCUUCGAAUAGACAAAGACGAAGCCAAGCACAAGAGAUUCAUAUUCCAACGGAACUGGUCACAGAGAUUCUCAAGAGAUUGCCUGCAAAAACCCUAAUGAGAUUCAAGUGCGUCUCAAAGCUUUGGGAAUCUCUCAUUCGCUCCAAAUAUUUCAGCAACCAAUUCCUUACGGUUUCAUCACAAAAAUGUCUUUACAUGUGUUUAUCAGACAUCAACGAAGAUGACCCUAAGUCUGUAAUCCUAUCAUUGGUACCAAACGCUACUAAUCCGUCCACCUUUGUAGUUGACCACGAUGUGACCAUCCCAUGGCUAGGAUCCUACAACUUGCAUAAUCUUUGUGGCUUCAUGUGGUCCUCGGAUUCUAAAAUCCCCCGAAUCUACAACCCUGCAACCAGACAACUUGUGACCUUACCCGCCACAAGUCCAUGUUCUCAAGGUUACAAUACGUUCUACUAUUUUGGGCACGACCCUGUUAACGACCAGUACAAACUAAUCUGCUUAAACUCAAGUUAUACAUACAUCAGAAUAUACAGAAAACCAGAGGGUAAUAUAAGAUACUGUCUAAUCGGUGGAGGACCACCGCCAAGUACGUUAAAAAGAGGAAGAAGAAUACUGAAGCGGUGGGUCUUAGUCCUAAAACCUGGAGCCUCUUGGAAAGAGAUGGAUCCUACUUAUAAUCACAUGCCUAUUUCCAGACCAGGACUGUCUAUCAAUGGGAGAAUAUAUUACAUGGCAAAUUAUGUGGUGGUGAGCUUCAAUAUCAGAUCUGAAAAGUUUAAAACGAUCAGCGCACCUAGUGUACACGGAGGGCUCAAGAACAAGAAGGUGAGUCUUAUCGAGUAUGGUGGGAGAUUAGCUCUUUUUGACCAUACCCAUCUUAAACACAAGGGUAAAGUAGCUUUGUGGGUUUUGGAAAAUACCAGAAAAGAAAAGUGGUCAAAGAAGACUCUGGUUUUGCAGCCUUCUCAUCUCAAUUUGGUGGAUAAAACUAAUUUUGAGGUAAAAGGUACAACUCAAAGUGGCAAGGUUUUAUUGAUACCAAGUGAUUUGCGUUCACCUUUUUAUAUUCUGUGUUAUGAUCUACAAAACAAUGAUAUGACAAAGAUUGAUAUCAACGGUCUACCAGACCACUGGUUUGAUAAGAAAGCAGCAAAGAGAUGUUUUAGCCUGAUGUUCAUGGAUCAGAGUGAGAGCAUCUUGUACUUGGGAGACUUGAACUAA